AUGAGUGACUUUCCAACUAAUGGGGCUGAAGCGUCUGUUAAUCAAGAUGUUGGACCAUCUCAGUCAAAUGUAAAUGUGCCAGUGGAUGAGGAAUGGUGUUCUGCAACAGUAAAUGAAAAUGAGCUACUCAAUCUAACAGGGUCAUCUGAUGAAGAAGGUGAUGGUUACCUUGAGUUCAGUGAGAUAAUGAUGCUUGAUUUCAAACUUGUGAGAAUGUAUUGGAGUUUGGGAGCCAUGAAAGAAGGAUUUGUUGAUGGUCGUUGGAACGGUUCAGUUGGGAGAUGUUCUGGGAAUGAUGUCGUUGACAACUUCUUUCCUCCAACACCACCAAACAGCAGGACUCCAGCUCCAGAAAGCAACAAAGUCCAGCCAUGCAAAGAAAAUGAAAAGCUCAAGCUUUUAUCAUAG